UGUCAAUAUCUGCGAAUUUUUUGCAAAGUCGUGUUUGGAGUUUUGGUGCAUUGGUGAAAAAAGUUCCUUCCAGAUAUAUUUUUACUAUUAAAAUGUCUGAAAAGCCGGCAGAUUACGUUGCUACCAAUGGUUUUGAAAGCAAAACUCCAUUCUUAAUCGGUGUAGCGGGAGGGACAGCAAGUGGAAAGUCAACAGUAUGUCAGCGCAUAAUGGAAAAACUUGGACAGCAGCACAAAGAACAAACAGAGAGACGAGUUGUCUGUAUCAGUCAGGAUUCCUUUUACCGAACCCUCUCACCCUCGGAGCGGCUACGAGCUGAGCGAGGACAGUUUAACUUCGACCAUCCUGAUGCUUUUGAUGAUAAGAAACUUCUUGCUAUCCUCAAAGAUAUCCUGGCUGGAAAGAAAGUUGAAGUACCUGAAUAUGAUUAUAUCACAAAUUCUAUUAGCCCUCACCGCUCGCACACAAUCUACCCAGCAGAUGUGGUGCUGAUCGAAGGCAUACUUGUAUUCUAUUUCCCGGAGGUGCGAGAACUCUUCCACAUGAAGCUGUUUGUUGACACAGAUUCUGACACACGGCUUGCAAGACGAGUACCUCGUGACAUAAUGGAGCGCGGCCGCGACUUGGAGCAAGUUCUCAAUCAAUAUAUGAACUUUGUGAAGCCAGCAUUCGAGGAGUUCUGCUUACCGACAAAGAAGUUUGCUGACGUCAUCAUACCGAGAGGUGCAGAUAAUUUAGUGGCCAUAGACUUGAUCGUGCAGCACAUAUCGGACUACCUGCGCCGUAGUCCGGUGGAGAAGUUGCCCCCGCUCGGUAUGUCCUCAGUGCCCGGCAGCCCGCAGCGCAGCGGGCAGAGCGGCCGGCCGCAUUGAAGCCAUGUAAUUUAGUUGUCUAAGGUCUGUAGUGUUAUGGCUAGUGAUAUAACAUGUUAAAAGCAUGCGAUAUUCAAACUGCUAUGAUCUUUAGGUGACCUUCAUUAUUUUUUUAUAACUUUUUUAAUAUUACACAUUUUUUUAGUCUGUACGUUCAUGUCAUAUGAAUUUUGGCGCCGAUAUUUUUAAAUAGAUUAGGUUAGUUGCGUUCAGAAUUCUCACCAAAGAGUAGCAGUGUUAUAAGAAAUGUCACGCUAAAUAAUUAUUCUGAUAUUUAUUUUUUUAUCCUUUAAAAUGUAAUGAACAAAAUUAUUUUGAUUAUUAUUAUAUAAAUAAAAUAUUCUCCUAAUGUUUUAAUACUUGUUAAACUUAUAAGAAAAUUAUAGAGCCACCAUAACUAUAAGCAUAGAUCUUUGGUAUUUUACUUCCUUUUAAAAUUUACAACACUAUAGUUAAUUAAUCGAUUUUUUCUCACAUUCUCUCUAUUUAAUACUAUAUUUAUAUGGUAACACUGAAUUUUUAAAUGUAGUAAAUAGUCCAGAAUUUGUCAAAUAUUCACAAAAAUCUUUAAACAAUAGAAUCAGAUGGUAAUUGUUAGUUGCUUUUCUUGUUGAAGAGGUUAUCUUUUUAGGUAAUUAAAUAGACAUUUUCAUAUAAGAUGUAAAAAUGUUUAUUGACACAUUUAUUGUACAAUAGAACUAUCGUAGAUAUAUUAACUAUAGAUAGUUAUUAAACGACUAAUCUAGUUAUGUUUUCUAAAUUACUUUGUAUUGUAACACAGUAAAUUUUCCCUAACAAAAUGGCUAUGAAAAUCUUUAUUUUCGCUUUUGUAUUCUAUGAGAAUUAAGUUAAGCUCCACAAAUCUCAAGUAACUUAACAUAUCUGGACUUAGAUUAUCACUAGUCAUUCGGUAUAGCUAUAGAUUAAUUGCAAGGAUAGUUUAUAAAAAAACUAACGCUCAAAUUAUUCAAUCGGUACAAAAUAAUUUUACCGUAUAAAGCGUCGGUG